AUGGCGGCGGGAGAGGGAGGGACCCUUUCCGCGCAUCCCGUGGGCUCCCUGCUGUCCAGCUAUGGCUGGUACAUCCUCCUGGCCGCCGUCGCCAUCUAUCUCCUCGUCCAGAAGGUGUCCCAGAGCCUGGCGGCCAGGCCCAGCAGCCGGCCCGGAGCAGCUGACGCGGCAGUGGAACCUGACGUGGUGGUAAGAAGGCAGGAAGCUUUGGCAGCAGCUCGGCUCAGGAUGCAAGAGGAGUUGAAUGCACAAGCAGAAAGAUACAAAGAAAAACAAAGACAGCUUGAAGAAGAGAAGCGAAGGCAGAAGAUAGCUAUGUGGGAAAGUAUGCAAGAAGGAAAAAGCUAUAAAGGAAACCUGAAACUGAAUCAGCAAGAAGUAGAAUCUGGUGCCUCCACCUCAUCAGCAGUCCCGAAAUCUAAACCAAACAAAAAGCCCUUGCGAGGAGGUGGCUAUAACCCUCUGUCUGGAGAAGGAGGCGGAACUUGUUCCUGGAGACCAGGCCGGAGAGGCCCGUCAGCAGGUGGAUGA